AACUAUCGAUUCAAAAAUUGUAGAAGUUGAACAAAAGACUGUCGAAAGUACUGAUUCGACAAUUAAACAAAAGAUUCCUGAAAGUACCGGAGUUAUCGAUUCAAAAAUUGUAGUAAUUGAACAAAAGAUUGUUGAAAGUACUGAAGUUACUGAUUCGACAAUUGACAAAAAGAUUCCUGAAAGUACCAGAACUAUCGAUUCAAAAAUUGUAGAAGUUGAACAAAAGACUGUCGAAAGUACUGAUUCGACAAUUGAACAAAAGAUUCCUGAAAGUACCGGAGUUAGCGAAUCAAAAAUUGUAGAAAUUGAAAAAAAGAUUGUUGAAAGUACUGAAGUUAUUGAUUCGACAAUUGAACAAAAGAUUCCUGAAAGUACUGAGGUUAAUGAUUCAAAAAUUGAAAUUGAACAAAAGAUUGUUGAAAAUACUGAAGUUACUGAUUCGAAAAUUGAACAAAAGAUUACUGAAAGUACCAGAGUUAUCGAUUCAAAAAUUGUAGAAACAAAAGUUGUAGAAAUUAAAGAUUCAAAAAUUGAAGUAACUAAAGAUUCAGAAAUUAAAGAUUCGAAAAUUGAAGAAACUAAAGAUUUAGAAAUUAAAGAUUCGAAAAUUGAAGAAACUAAAGAUUCAAAUAAACUUGUUAAUGAUAUUAUUAAACGUAACACAGAAAUCGUCGUCGAAGAAAAAGAACCCAAUAGUAAAGAAGAUGAUUCAGCGGAUAGUAGUUGUGUUGUUUCUUCUAAACAAAAAUCUCUAAAG